GAACGGUGAUCAUAAACAAGUGCUGUUGUUGGAAUGUAGCUCUCCAUUUACUAAGUGCUAUUAGAACAGUUAAUAGUACAGGCGUGACGUAGUAAAAAGAGCAUAAAUUAGUAACCCUCAAUCCUCAAAUCCACUCAAUCAAGACCCACUCCGGGUCUUGUUUUGCCUGUCCACUUUACACAAAAUCGUGUUGCGUAAAACAAGUAACAUUCACUUAGCUCCGUGCAGUACCAGUGAACAGCCAAAAGAGAAGUGAAGCAACAAAACGGUCAAUCAUUAUGGAAUUAAUCACGAGCAAGAAUGUUAACAAAAUGACCAGCUGGUCAACCAACAGCGCCCUUCGUACGCUCCCAGCCAUUAAUAGCCCGGGAAGAAAUAGAGUCGGUAAUUACCCAGCCAUUAACUACCGAUGUACUUCUGCUGCCUCGGUCACGUAGAAGAACCGCCAAAUGCCCCAUGGACGCACCCCUAGCACAGCGUUUGCAAUCAAUUUUCGCGCGGCGUGUUCGCAAUGCUCGGAGCCGUCUCGCCAGAUUCCUUCGACACGCUGCACCCGUACAGCAACACCUUCCAGAUGCCGUUCGUGACGCCCUGGUUCCCGGAGAAGGUCCUCACGCCCUCGUCCGGCUUUCUCGACUUUGCCAUCAGCAUGCGGCCCGACCACUACCAGGCCAUCAUCGAUACGGUGCGCUACUAUGGCUGGGAUCGGAUCAUCUACAUGUACGACUCGCAUGACGGCCUGCUGCGGCUGCAACAAAUCUACCAGGGACUGCGGCCGGGGAACGAAACCUUCCACGUCGAGACGGUCAAGCGGAUAGCGAACGUAAGCGAUGCGAUUGAGUUUUUGCGCACCAUCGAGGAGCUGAACCGGUGGUCCCGGAAGCACAUCGUCCUCGACUGUAGCACCGAGCUGGCCAAGGACAUCGUGGUCAGUCACGUCCGGGACAUCACGCUCGGCAAACGCACCUACCACUAUCUGCUGAGUGGGUUGGUGAUGGAUGAUCGCUGGGAGAGUGAAGUUAUCGAGUACGGUGCAAUCAAUAUCACCGGCUUCCGGAUCGUCGAUACGAGCAAAAAGUACGUCAAGGAGUUUCUUGAUGGAUGGAAGCGAUUAGAUCCGACCACAUCGCAGGGCGCCGGCAAGGAGCUGAUCUCAGCCCAGGCCGCCCUCAUGUACGAUGCCGUGUUCGUGCUGGUGGAAGCGUUCUCCAAGAUUAUGCGCAAAAAGCCGGACCAGUUCCGGGCGUACACGAUGCGCAAUCGGGGCCAGCCGUUUAAUCUGCCCGCCAACGGGACCCGAACGCUCGACUGCAACACCUCCAAGGGUUGGGUCACCCCGUGGGAGCAUGGUGAUAAAAUUUCACGCUAUCUGCGCAAGGUGGAAAUAUCGGGCCUUACCGGCGAUAUUAGGUUCAACGAGGACGGCAAACGCCAAAACUACACCCUGCACGUGGUCGAGAUGACGGUCAACAGUGCGAUGGUGAAGGUGGCCGAGUGGUCGGACGAGGGCGGACUGGCGCCGGUCGUUGCCAAGUACACCCGCCUCAAGACGGACAUGCAUUACGAGCGAAACAAGACCUACAUCGUGACGACCAUCAUCGAGGAGCCGUACAUCAUGCUGCGGCAGCCGGAACCGGGCGAAACGCUCGAGACGAACGAGCGCUUCGAGGGCUACUGCAAGGAUCUGGCCGAGCUGGUGGCGAAAAAACUCGGCAUCAACUGUACGUACACUCUUCCACACUCCUGCACGCACAUUCCAUACCUCUGCGGGUCUUAUGCUUUUCGGUGAAAAAGGGACCAUGGGCUGACAUAAUUUCCAGCUUGUACAACCUGUCUUGCGCCCUGCCUUGCGGUGUGGGGCGAAUGUAAACUUGGGCAUCAUGUUUCUCUAUUGACGGGGCC